UUUUUUCCUUCAAAUUAAUUACUAUUUCAGAAUUUUACAGUAAUUAUAAUAAUCCUAAUGAGUAAUAAUACCCUCAGCAUCUACUAAUAAGCAAUAUAAUGGAUCAGUAGAAAAGAGCUUUGAAUUCUCCUAUCAUAAAUUUGCCAUUUUUUGACUUCCCCAGUGGGCAACCUUCACAAGUCCUCGUUUCCGGCCAAAAAACAUGCCGGAGAUAGCACAACAAGUGUACGCGCCUAGAAGUCUACAAAUUUGGAAAUCGUUACUUAACUGGCUAUCCUUCUUCUUCCACAUCUUCCUUCAGAUCCUUAAAGGAACUCCUUUCGUAAAUCAGGUACUCUCCUGCUUUGGCGUUCGCAAUAGCUCUCUUCUCUCUUCCUCUCCGCAGUUCAAACCGUUGCCUGAUGUUGAGCUGCUCGAGGAGGAGGCAGCGCCUCUGUCAACCGUCGCGCUCUCGACUUUGCAAAUCACAGCCGGAAGUGUUCCAAUUAGUGUCGAUGAGGAGCAUUUACAGCGGCUCACGGUGGUUCUUGACUUAGAUGAAACUUUAAUUUGUGCAUAUGAGACAUCAAGUUUGCCUACCAUCAUUUGCACCCAGGCAACAGAGGUUGGGUUGAAGUGGUUUGAGCUGGAGUGUGUAUCUUCAGAAAAGGAAUAUGAUGGCAAACCUAAGAUCAACUAUGUCACAGUUUUUGAACGUCCUGGAUUACACGAGUUUCUAAAACAACUUAGCGAGUUUGCUAAUCUGGUCUUGUUUACUGCUGGACUUGAAGGAUAUGCAAGACCCGUUGUUGACAAAAUUGAUCUUGAAAAUCGGUUUAGCCAUAGACUUUAUCGCCCUUCAACUACUAGCACGGAAUUCCGGGAACAUGUGAAGGAUCUGUCAUGCAUAUCAGAGGAUUUAUGCCGGAUUGUCAUUGUUGAUAACAACCCAUUCAGUUUCUUAUUACAGCCUUUAAAUGGAAUCCCGUGCAUUCCAUUUUCUCCUGGACAACCCCAUGACGACCAGCUUUUGGAAGUAAUCCUUCCACUUCUCAAGCAUCUAUCUGAGCAGAAGGAUGUAAGGCCUGUGCUUCGUGAAAGGUUUCAAAUGCCCGAAUGGUUUCAAAACCAUGGAAUCCCCGCUUGUGAAUUCACAAAUAUAUGAUGAUCGUUUGCAAGUAAAUUUUCUGCUAUUCCAGGAGACACGACACACCUAUACUCUAAAUUUGUUGUACAAGGUUAAUACCUCUUCACCGGAAGAACAAAUUUUUGUAUAGAUUAUUUGUGCAGAGGAGUAGCCAUCUAUGACUGACCCAAAUUUCUUAUCUAUUACAUUCUUUUGUAACUUUGUUUAUAGCUUCCAUUGUCAGAAGAAUUAUUCAUGUAUGAGCAAUUGUUGUAAACAGUGAUCACCAAUAUUUAUACUACCCUCAGCAAAAUUUAUGUAUA